UGUUAAAACCUGUACUACUCAAAGCUUUCAUCUCUUUCUAUUUCCUUAGAAAGGUUUGCAAAAACUACGACUGCAUCUUACCACUCCAGUCUCAGCUCUUACUGGCCAUCACAUCAUCUAUAAUAUAAUUUUUCGUUUUCAAUAUCUAGCAAAAUGAGGCUCAUCAUCCGCGACGACUCGGAGACUGCUAGCUCCUAUGUAGCCAAUUACAUCAUGAACAGAAUCCGACACUUCAAUCCCACACCUUCACAUCCUUUCGUGCUUGGCCUUCCUACCGGUUCGAGUCCUCUUGGUGUAUACAAGAUAUUAGUCGAGCAGUACAAGGCCGGAAACAUCUCUUUUGAAAAUGUGGUUACCUUCAACAUGGACGAGUACGUCGGUAUUCCUCGAGACCAUCCUGAGAGUUACCACUCAUUCAUGUGGAAACACUUCUUCUCUCACGUCAACGUGAACCCAAAUAACGUCAACAUCCUCAACGGCAACGCGCCGAAUCUCGAGGCAGAAUGCGUUGAGUAUGAGGCCAAGAUCAAGCGUGUCGGAGGCAUCGACUUAUUCUUGGGCGGAAUCGGGGAAGAUGGGCACAUCGCCUUUAACGAACCGGGCUCUAGUUUAGCCUCGAGAACCCGCGUCAAGACACUAGCCUACGACACGAUUCUUGCCAAUUCCCGUUUCUUUGGCAACGACAUCGCCAAGGUCCCUAAGAUGGCCUUAACAGUUGGUGUUCAGACUGUUCUCGAGGCCCGCGAGGUUGUCGUAAUUAUCCUCGGCGCUCGCAAAGCUCUCGCUCUGCAAAAAUGCAUCGAGCAGGGUGUCAACCACAUGUGGACUCUUUCGAGUCUCCAGUUACAUCCUCACCCCAUGAUAGUUUGUGAUGAGGAUGCCACAUUAGAACUACAAGUUAAGACUGUUAAGUAUUUCAAGAGUAUCGAGCAAGUUGCAAGACAACAAGGAUUCGAGCAAAUCUUACCCUCGAGCAUUCGAACAGGGCCGGGACCAGUUCCCAAGACUGUGAUCGAAGAGGUCCAGUCUCCCACAAUUCUGGCACCUCAACCCAUGACGUCUCGUCUCCUGCUUGCAACGCCGGCUGCCGAGUACCCUAUCCGAUCAGUGUCUCCGGAUCUCGUGCCGGACCGAAUGGCGGAUCGUGUCGGAAUACCCGAUAUUUCGAGAAGAUUAACACCCCAACCCGAGCACCAGCAACGAGUAGCUAGCGUCGGGGCAUAAGUUGAUGUCUUGUAAGUAGAACGGUAGGCGAGUAAAGGUAUUGCACUGUAGUACUUGGACUUAAAUGAAUGGUCUUUUUCGCAAAAAUUGGGUCAUUAGGCUGGGAUAAACCGAGGAGUUACGCUAGAGAA